AUGGGCAACAGUCUGAAAGCCAUAGUUGCUUUUGUGCCCUCCAACAGGUGCCAGAAGUACCUCCUAGAAGAGCUAGAAGAGAUGCCGGUGGAUAAAACAGUGGAUCUGAGCGGGAGCCAGCUGAGGUGGCUGCCUCUGCACAUUUGCUCUUUUAGGGAACUGGUUAAACUGUACCUGAGUGACAACAACCUGAACAAUCUGCCCCCCGAGCUGGAGCAGCUGCAAAACCUGCAGAUCUUGGCACUCGACUUCAACAACUUCAAAGCGCUGCCCCUCGUGGUGUGUACGCUGAAGCAGCUGUGCAUCCUCUACCUGGGCAACAACAAGCUGUGCAGCCUGCCCAUCGAGCUCCGGCUCCUGCGGAACCUCAAGACCCUGUGGAUCGAGUCCAACUGCCUGCAGUACCUGCCCGAGGUGGUGUGUGAGCUCAGCCUGCUCAAGACGCUGCACGCCGGCUGCAACGCCCUGCGCACGCUGCCGCCCCAGCUGCGGUGCCUGCGCGAGCUGCGCACCAUCUGGCUCUCGGGAAACCUGCUGACAGAGUUCCCCGCUGUGCUCCUGGACAUGCCAUUUCUGGAGGUCAUCGACGUGGAUCGCAAUUCCAUCCGGUUCUUCCCCAGUCUGGCUCACCUGCCCGGCCUGAAGCUGGUGAUCUAUGACCACAACCCCUGCAGGAACGCGCCCAAAGUGGCCAAAGGUGUGCGCAGGGUGGGCAGAUGGUCAGAGGAAACCCCUGAGCCCCGCAAGCGAUCCGGGGCAGUGAUAGACAUCGACAACAAACCCUUGCUACCUCCUGCUGCCAAGGCAAAGCCGGGCGGGCCCUGCUGA